GGACACUAUUAAACUCGAACUACCAUCUCGCAGAAGACUCAUUUAGGCAAUAUGGUGAGCUGUGCUUAAAAAAGCAAAUGAAGCAUAAGCGCUAGCCUCGCACCCGAUAUCUCGGCUACCAGUGUAUGAAAGGUAUUUAAGAGCAGUCGGUAUUCGCUGAAGCAAUCCAGUGCUCACUGACAAGCCCACUACUUCGUAUCUUGUCUACUGUUGUCUUGAUUGGGACCUAAAUCCCAAUAGACGCCACCAUGACAUUCGACGUCGACGCCAUCAAAUCCAAAUGGCAGCAAGACCCUGACGCAGCGCAGCGCAGCGCUACAAAUGGGCGGAGAAUGCUACGCGGCCCUUCGCCAGGAUAAUGGUCCAGCUCACCGAGCAACUGAGUACGCUGAAGAUUACGCCCGUUGAGAUCUUCGACCUGGCCUGCGGCACUGGCGCCGUCGAGGCCGAAAUCUACGCUUCUGUGCCAAAAAACUCCUGGACCGAUCUCAAGAUCCUGACGGGCGAUGUGAGUCGGGCUAUGCUGGAUUACCUCAAACAGCGGGGCGAGGAGGCGGGGUGGAGUGCCCUGACGACGAAGAUCGUAGACGGGAGUAAGCUGGAUGAAAGCGGCGUAGGCAAUUCCUUCACGCACAUCUUCGUCGGCCUUGAAAUCUUCGUCUUGCCCCCCGACACGAUCAGGCAGCUAGUGGCGAAGCUGGCGCCGGGUGGUACGCUGGUGGUCACUACGUGGGCGUACCUCCCGUGGUUCAGUCUGCUUGCCAAAACCUCCGCGAGGAUGAAUGACGGGCCCUCUCUGCCGACUGAAGAGCACCUGUGGAAGGCCUUGACGGAUGGACGGCCGUGGCUUGAUGCUGCCUUUGUGAAGGAGCAGCUGGAAGAGGCAGGAUUGUAGAAGGUGGAGGUUGUGCAGAAGAAAAUGAAGAUUGACUGCGGAAUGCCGGACACGUUUACGACGGCGAUGGGAUUCGUGUUGGGACUGCUGAGUGCGGAGUGGCCAGAGGAGAAGAGGGACAAGUGGUUUAAGGGGAUUGGGGAUACGACGAAGGCGAUUUUGAUCGAGGAGGUGAGCGGUCCGCAUCAGCAUGUGUUCAUGGAAUUCGAGGGGAUUGUCGGCGUGGGGCUGAAGGGGUAGCGGAAAGCAUGAGCAGCUCUGCAGAGCAUAUCUGAUUUAC